AAUUUCCACGCUUUACCCACGUUUUGCACCACUCACCCCCCAUUCCAGCCGCACUGCCCCUAGCAAAUCCUCCCCCCUCAGCCCUACCAACAUGGCCAUGCUAGGAAAGCGAAAACGACGAUCCCCCGAGAAGGAUGCGAGGGACGGAAGUGAGAGCGGGAGCGAAGAGGAUGUCCGAGAAGUGUUCCGCAGGCAUUUCGAGGCUCGAUUUAAGGCAUUACCGGAGGCGGUGAGCAAGGAACGGAAGCAGGAUGAUCUAAGCGAAAGCGAGGGUGAUCAGGACGAUUCUGCGGGGGAGGAUGGAGAGGACGAUUGGGAGGGAUUGUCGGAUGACGAUACAGCGCCUGUCGAGGUUGUGGAUCAUGCGGAGGUGUCGAGAGUAGCGAUGGAGGAUGAGGAGAGUGCUGGGAGGGCGGGCAUGCGCGCAUUUAUGUCCUCGAAACCCCCGUCGUCAUCCGCAGCGGGCCGUAAACCUACCAAACCUCCCCUAACCAACGACUCCCCCGACUCCGACACUGAAACCCACAACCUUGCCAACGACCGCGCGCUGCAAAAGCUGCUCCGCGAAUCCCGCCUCCUCUCCGAAUCCGCCGGCUCGAAUGGACCGCUCAGCUCGCUCGCCCCGAUGGGCCGCAACCGGCACAAAGCGCACGAGCUGCAUCUCCUGUCGCUCGGCGCGAAAGGAUCCGUCCACGCGGAGCAGAACGUGCCGAUGUUGAAGCGGAAGGGGAUGGAGAGUGCGGCGAGGGAGAAGGAGAGGAAGCGGAGGAAAGAGGCGGGGGAGACGGGGGUGGUGUUGGAGAAGGCAAGGAAGGAGAAGACGACGAGGACGAGGGAUCGCGGGAUUGGGGUGGGGGUGGGGAGGUUUAAAGGGGGGACGUUGAAGUUGAGUCAGAAUGAUGUGAAGAGGAUUACGGGUCCGAAGGAGAAGAGUAGGAGAGGGAGGAGAUGA